UCUGGCCUGCACUCACAUAGGGUUUCAGCAUUCGUGCCGGAGCACGCUUACGUCAUCAUUAUGGUGCGGCGGUUUCCAUAGGUUUCGGGAUAAACAAGAAGAGCGGCGCUCUCUGAACACUAUGGAGUCCAUCGCUCUGUUUUCUUUGUGGAUAAUUUUCUGUCGUUUGGUCCACAGCCCUCUCACAGCCUGUUGUUAAACAUAUGUGUCGCCUUUGUGGCGCGAAAAUUUUCACGUAAUCGUGCUGCUCGUAUGAGGAGGUUUGCAAGGUACCAGCUGAAGUGCAGAAAGGACUUUGCAGCUUUGAUUACGGACUACAGUUCCUAAAACCAUGACUUCACGCGUCCUGUUCCGUGCCCGAGUCCAACUGAACCGUGCUCUGGCCCACCUCUUCCAAGCUGGCCAGGGCUGGCUAAUCGAGCCGCGCCCGGGCACGGUUCGGACCACUCAGAAUAGUCCAACGAACCGCGCUUUGGUGGUCAAACGCGCUCUGGCACGGUACAAACUGGCUAGUGUGAGUACACCCUUGGAGAAUUUGGUGAUGUUGUGCGUAGCAUGGACAACAAAAUGGACCCUAUGCUGCAACAUUUUGAGUGCCAAUAUGUCUUUUGGAGAGUUAUCCCUGCCAGGGGAUCUGUUACUCCCCCUAGACACCCAGGAAAAUUUGCCGUUUCUUGACAACAGUAUGAGGCCGGAUAAAGAACUCCUGGAACAAUUUCUUCGGUUUUUGACAAUCAAAUGUGAGAGGGACCUAAAGACAACCAUGUGGCGAAUGCUUCAGAGUAUCUUCUCUAAUCACCUUUCCAUCAAUAUAACCUGGUCUGGUGUAGGUGAUAAAGCAUGUUUUAGAGACAUGUUCCUUAAGACCAUUGUUCAAAGGGCCAUCCGGAAGAACCCGGCGACCCAGGAUGCCACUGAUGAGGCGAUCCAGGUUAAUGUUACACAUCACCUGAAAGGAGCAUCACUUGCAUCACCCCACCCCCCUCACCCCACACCCCAGCAUCACUUGACAACUGGAGCCCUUUUUUAA